GAGCAGUUUAGUCUUGUUUCCCCGUCACAGUGUUUCCCACAGACGUGUCUUCUGAGAAGUAUGAGCGCAGUAGAUGAUGGCGGAGGCCAGCGCGCUUGAAGAGCUACAGUCGGAGCUCACAUGCCCGGUGUGUUUGGAACUCUUCCGUGAUCCCGUGAUCCUUGAGUGCGGGCACCACUUCUGCCAGGUGUGCAUCAUCCAGUGCUGGGAAGCUAAGGCGGACGAGCUCUCGAGUUGCCCGAAGUGUAGAAAGUCGUGCGCCCGGAAACUGCGACCCAACUCGCUCCUGUGCAACGUCGUGGAUAGUGUGCGCAGAGCCCGCGCCAUGGACUCGGCCGCGGGGAUGUGCGUGUGGGACCACGAAGGUACACUGGAGAUGCCCGAGGACCGCGAGCGGGGUUCCAGCAUGAGCAGCGUGGCCUCGUCCAUCGGGCACUGGCCACGCCUGGGAAUGGGUUUGGAUAUGUGCGAGGAGCACGAGGAGAAGCUGAAGCUCUACUGUGAGGACGACCAGCUUCCCAUCUGCCUAGUGUGCGGGAUGUCUCGAGACCACAAGAACCACAAUGUCAUCCCCAUUACAGAGGCUUUUGAAAACUACAGGGAUAAGCUGUCUGUGGCUCUGGAGAAGGCUCAGGUGCAGACAGAGGAGGCCACACUCUUCCAAAAACAGACCAAUGAAAAGAUCCUCCUCAUUAAGGAGCGAGCGGGAGAUUUGGAGGAGCUGGUCUCUGCAGAGUUUAGCCGUAUGAGGGAGUUCCUCGUUGAGGAGGAGGAGCGCAUAAAGGAAAAACUGCAGAAGCAGAAGGAGGAGAAGCUUCAGCAGCUGGAGGAGGCGCUCACUCAGUCCACGGAGCAGAUCAGCCAACUGGAGAUUACGGCCGAUAAACUUCGGCUCAAACUUAGAGAAGAAGAAAAUCCUGAGCAACUCAAGGGGAUCAAAGAUUUUAUUGGAGGGACAGAGAGCUUGUUUGAGCGCCCUUCAGAGAUAGCUGUGGACCUUCAAUCUGGAGACUUUCUGGGACCUCUCCAGUACAGGACUUGGAGGAAAAUGAGCUCAAUUCUUCAGCCAGCUGUGACACCUGUGACCCUUGACCCAGACACAGCCUACCCUUGUCUGUGGGUUUCCCCGUGUCGCACCAGCGUCCAGGUAGGAAAACUACAAGCGAACCUGCCCAACAACCCCGAGCGCUUCACCCGCUACAACAUUGUCCUGGGCUCUGAAGCCUUCUCUUCAGGCAGACACUACUGGGAGGUGGAGGUAGGCUCUAAGACGGCGUGGGGACUGGGCGUGGCCACAGCUUCCGUCAACAGGAAAGAUGAGAUCAGCCUUUGCCCGGAUGAUGGUUUUUGGACGCUGGUGCUGAGGGACAACGGAAACGACACCAGCGAGUAUGAAGCUUGCACUGACAUAGAGGAGAACUUAUUAUAUCCCUCCAAACCUCCGAAGAGAGUGGGGAUAUACCUGGACUACGGUCGUGGCCUAGUGUCAUUUUAUGAUGCUGGAGACAUGAGCCACCUCUUCACAUUCAAUGAUGCAAAAUUCAAAGAGCCUGUUUUCCCCUACUUCAAUCCCUGGCCGAUCAUCAACGGACACAACCGGGAGCCGCUCACCAUAGUAACGCCACACUGGGGAUAGAUGGCCUUUUUUUCAUCAGAGAACCGACACUGCGCAUCAAACGGAUUCAGGAUCAAACUGCAGACUCGGCUGCUAAUAACUUUGAGGGACUCGUCUCAUUAGCAUUCACACAUCUGUCUUAUUACAAGGACUUUUUGGGGCUAUGACGACGGUCUUGUAAGGCUGUCAAACUGUGGAUGAAACAUCAGAAGGACAAGAAAGGCGACACUUCAAUCAAUCUAGCUGCAAAGAAAGUACAUGAAAAGAUAAUCAAUGAACUGUUUAGCUAAAACCUAAUCUAUUUGAUCCAUUAUUCCUCUGUGUGCCACCGAGCUCCAUUGCUGUUUGACAAAUACUGUUAUAAACACAAACUGACGCAGUCUUUUAUUAUGGUGAACACACACACUGGUUUUAUUCUCAGUCAGUCGAAUGCACAUCUUCCUGCUGAUGGAUAUAUUCAGCAGUGCACCAAAUGCAUAUUAAUCUGCACCUAAACUAGUUCCAAACAGAUGACUGUGUCUUCUUUUUGAGUAUUUUUUGCUGAAACACAGACAUUUAAAGAAAACUUUUUUGACAUUUUGUAUUUUAACAUGAGUUUUUAUAACUGUGAUAUCAAAACAUGGUUUGUUUUGGCUUUUUUAACUGAAUUUUCUAACAAAGUUUUUAAUGUUUUUUUGUAUUUUUUAAAUACUUUACAGAAAGUUUGUGUUUCAUCUAACUAUGCAAUGCCAUUUUUUUAAGGUAUUCAGUUGUUUACCUCUGUGCCAUUGAAAACAUAAUGGGUGUAGUAUGUUAUGACAGUAUGAGUUCUGCAGUAUGAUUCGUCCACCACCUUCAUAUUUGUCUAACACUAAUCUGAAAUGUAGUUUACUAAUCGUCUGUUUGUAUCCUCAGAGUUUAAUGUUGUAAAGUGAAUGUAAUGUGAAGUGAUAGUCACCAAUGUCUAGAUAGCCGACAUGAGAGUUUUAGGGUAUAAUUAACUUUGAUUGCACAUGUAGUACCAGCAGAGGGCAGCCAAAGCUAACUUCGAAUGAAGCAACUUUAAAGCAUUUGUGCAACAUAUGAAUGCCACCCUCAUGAAAAUGAGGAUUUUAUAAGUGAUCAGGUCAGACAAAUCAGAAAUAUGCUUCAAGUGGUAAAACAUAACCUUAAAUAUCAAGAACUAUCCACAGACUGUAUAUGAAAGAUGGUUGUCAUCUGAAUGUGAGUCCGUUGCUUUUAAGAAGUGAUGUAUUAUAAUGUUUAAUUUUAAACACUGCCACUGAAAUACAGUGCUGUGCAAAAGUCUUGAGCCACCCAUUGAUUGUUUAUAUUUUGCUAGGAAUUUGGGAAUUUAAUGAAGAAGAAGGAAGGAAAAACCAAGUUUAUACAGUUCUAACAAGAUUGAAAGUCAACUUUUGUCAUAAAAAUCUUUAUUUUCUAACACAGCCUGAACUGUAGUAGGCCAUCCUUGUUAUAACUUCUUUAAGUAGUAUUCAGGAAUAGUUCUCCAGGCUUCGUGAAGGACAUUCAGAGCUCUUCUUUGGAUGUUGACUGCAUUUUUGUGUUGUUCUCUGUUGCGAUGGUCCCACACUGCUUCAGUUAUAUGCAGGUCCAGAUGGGACUGCAUGGUGGAACAAAAUCUGACGUCUUUUGACUUUUCCUUGUUUAUCGUUCCAUCAAUUUUUACAAGAUCUCUGAAACCUGAAAACCACGAUGUGCUUUACGGGUGGCUGUAAACCAGGUCGGCAGUUAAUUUGACCAAGGGGCACCAUGAGAAACUGGGACUGUUGUGGAGGGCUGCACCAGUACAAAAGUACAGUUUCUCAUGUGACCCACUUGGUAAAAUGAAGUGUUCACCUCUGCUAUAGAGAUUUACUGUUACCCUGCUCUCCUGAUCUCCUCCGUACAUAUUGAUAACAAUCAUUUGAAGGUCCAGAAGCAUCUCUCUGGUCCUGUGUCAUCUGCAUCUACAGUUUAUCUGCUGUAGUUAGUUUUUUGGACCAAUUUUCUCAAUGUAUUUAAGGACACACUGCACAGCAUGCAGCAAGUUUGGUGCCAUCAUACUAUUUUAUGCCUGUCAAACUGUGAUCUUUGGCAUUUCUUUGCAAAUUAAAGAACAACAUGGUGUGUUUUUGUGACGAUCUGCUUGUAACCAAGUGCCUUUAAGGACUGGGCUAAAACGGAUCCUUGAAAGACCUUCAGAAAGCUUGGAGAACUAUCACUAAGACUAAGACUAUUGCUUAAACAAGAUAGUGUGGCUCCUUGGAACCAAAAUAAAAAGAAAUUAAGGGAGUGAUCCAAGCUUUUACACAGUGUUACAUUCUUCAGUGUUACAUUAUGAUAAAAAAUGAACACUGAAACUUCAAAACAUUAAAGCAAAGACGAAAACUCACUGGAGAAGAAAGCUAAAUGAAAUAAAAAUGAAUAAAUAAAAAGACAGUCAAUAGUUUCUGGUAUAAAAACCUUUGUGGACUUUAUUGUGUUUAUUUCUUUGUUGCUGAUGAUGCGUCAGAUAGAUUUCAUUUAACAUGUAUCGCAAUAUAAUACAACAACCCUCAACCAGUGGAAACAAACGUCAUUUUUGACACAAGCUCAACAAAAGCUGAACAUUUGAGUCACAACAUUGUGUUAAUCAGUUGAUUACCUGUAUCCUACCCGUGGUUGAGUUUGGUGUUUACCUGUCACAGAUACGCUCUGUGUUCUUCUUUCACUCUGCAGUUAAGCAAGGUUAAUGAGUCCUCUCCUGCCAGUUGAGCAAUUCGGUAAUCUGUGACUACCAUUACGACCAAAUAAGUAAUGAGAAUUAGUCUGACCUGAAUAAAACGUACCUGU